AUGAUUAAAUCGAAUUCCAUCAUUCAAACUCGAAUUUCUCAAGUUGCUUACGAAUUCGUUCGAGUACGUGAUGAAUUUUUGAAUAAUGAAAUACCAGACAUAGCUGCUGACACGGAUAGAUAUCAAUUAUUUCUCGAUCGUUUUCGUAUGAUUGAUAUUGAACUUAUUAAUACACGAAUGAACUCACAACAUGUCGCAAUAGCUGUUUGUGGUCCGAAUUCUAGUGGUAAAUCGGCAUUUAUUCAAUAUUUCCUACAAAUUGGAAAAAUUCUUCCAUCAGCAGCCGGUGCAAUAUCUGCUAGAAUCGUUAAAUUUACAUAUGCAUCAGCAGAACAAGCAUGUGCUCGAAUCUACAAUAGAAAAUCUCAAGGAAAUGAAGAAUACGAUGAACUUAUCGAUGAAUUAUCUCUUUCAUCACAUUUCAAUACUAAAUCACCUUGGAAAAAUAUUGAAGAAGCUUUAAAAAAACAUUUAGAACGUCCAUCUGAUAUUGCUGUUACAUCUGAUGAAUUUAUUGAAUGGGCACGAACAUGGAUUGAAAUUCGUAUACCUUCGUCUAUUCUUCAAGUAGGCAUUGAUAUUUAUGAUACACCGGGAUUUCUUUCGUGUAAUCGAGAAGAAUUUCUUAAUCAAAAUCUUUAUUCUAUGAUCAAAAAAGUCUGUCCGACAAUAUUAUUUCUCUAUGAAAAUCCAGCGAUUACUCGAACAGAUGCUGACUGCUUUUUAGAAUUAACAAAAACAGUACAAUCAUUCGAUCGUUCGCGUAUUUUUUUUCUUAAUACGAAAGCCAAUAUUAAAAAUAUAUUUCAUGAUUAUGGAAUAACCACUGAUGAAAAUAUUUCAUUCGACAAAUUUAAUCAAAUACUUGCACAAUCACGUCAAUUACGAUAUGAUCUUCUUCGACGUCAAAGUGCCAUGGGUAACGAAUCGAUUGGUGCAUUACCAACAAAUGUUUAUGAUUGUGAUUGUUUUGAUAUUUGUUCAAUACCAACAAGUACUCGUACACCAUUUCGUGAUUAUCUUCAAAUCAUGAAUGAUGCAUGUUUUACACGAAUUAUUGAAUUUGUGUUUAAUUCUGCACUUGAACCAAUGCUUGAUCUUGCACGAUCGAUUCGUUCAAUAAUCGACGAUUUUUUUGAUUUUUCUAUGUCAGCAAAUAAUCAAGACUUAAACUAUUGGAAUCAUUUGCGUGAUGAAGCUAUUAAGUGGUCAUUUUCAUUUAUUGAAGCUUUGCAAGGAGAACUACCAAAUCUUGUCGAAUCGAUGUAUGAGAAUAUACUUCGACGUUUUGAUACAUUGUCACCUGAUAUUAUUCAGCGAGCAUCUCGUCUUAAAUCAAUGACCAAUAAUUCAAAUAUAGUAAAUGAUCUGAGUCAAAUUCGAAUGCGUGAUUAUCUCGAACAAGUUGUUAAUGAAGAAGUGAUUAAAGUAGUUGCUAAUGAAACAUUGAAUAAUGCUACCCAAGCCAUAAUUACAUUGAAUAUUUUUUGGAAUAGUCCGAAAGCAGAGAGUCGAAAUGAAUUUAUUAAUAUAGCACGACGAACUGUUAUGAAAGAAAUUUCUGUUAAACAAUUAGGAAAGAAAACACUUUUCACUUUACUAAGUGAAAAUAUAAAACGAACACCGACUCGUUUGAAACGAUUUGCUCGAUUUGUAAUCAUGCGACCAUGGGCAAACUUUUACAAAUCAUUCGAACCAAGUCAUUUACCAAAUCAAGAAGAAGCUGAAUUUUAUAUUUUCGACACCAUGGAUAAUUAUUCCGAACUAUUAAAUGAAUCUGCACGAGAAGAAUUUGCUCGUAAACGUUUGAAUAUAAUGCGCGAACGGCUAAUGCAACAGCGAGAAUCUUUACAUGUUAAUCUUUUCAAUUGGAUUACUCAAAAACGUCAAGAAUUUUGUGAUUGUAUUGAUCGUAGCUAUCGAUAUAUUAUUAAAACUUUUAAUAAACGACAACGUGCUGAUUCUCUUUCUCGACAAUUUCUCGGACGAUUUGCACAAAUCGAAUGUCAACUAUUAGCAGCCGAAGAUCUAGCACAAUUCUAUGGAAUUCAACCAAUUCUUCAUGAAUACAUUGGUCAAGGUGGUUAUUUUCGAAUUGAACGAGCUGAAUGGGGCAAUGUCCAAGGAUUAGUUGUGAAAAGAUCGUCUCAAACCGAUCUUGAUGAUCCAUACAUGCCUUAUUUAGAAGCACAUUAUCAUCGAAUAGCAACGGAACUCAUGCCAAGAAAUGCCAUUGUUCCACUUUUAUAUCUGUAUGAACAUGAAUUAAAUAGUAGUGAUGAGACUUCGACUACACAUGAACUUUGGAUAUUCAUGCCAGAAUUCAAACAAUCAUUGCGUGAUUAUUUACGAGCUAAUAUAACAAAUAUCAGUUUCGAAACACUACAUGAAUUUGCGGUGGAAAUUGUGACAAUUCUAUCGGAAUUUCAUCGAUUGAAUAUUGUUUAUCGAGAUUUAAAGACAAGUAAUAUUUUACUUGAUGAACAUAAUCAUUGUCAUUUUACCGAUUUUGGUACUUGUUAUCAAGGUUACACAAAUCGAACAUUUAUUGGCACUGCUCCAUUUUCGCCUGAAAUACUUGCACAAGCACAAUCAUCAUCUAUGAACACAUAUAAUGGUGAAGCCGUAGAUAUUUUUUCGCUCGGUACUAUACUCUAUGAAUUAUUGCCGAAAAAACAAUAUCAUCGAGUUUCAUCCGAAGAUGUGCCUCAUAUUCGUUCAGUAAUCGAACAACAUGUUUGUUAUGACUUUGAUCUUCGUGAAUAUAAAGAUCUAAUUGUAGCUUGUCUUCAAGUAAACCCUAAAGAUCGACCUACUUCUAGCCAAAUUAGUGAACGUCUUCAUACAAUAUUUCAGCGAUAUCAAUCACAUAAGCAAGCAACACAAUGUUCCGUGUGUUGUAAUCGUCGCCGUUCGGUACGAUUUCUUCCUUGUAAUCAUAAAGUAUUGUGUCAAUCAUGUUGGCAAGAACGUAAAGCCAAAGAAAAUUUGGAUAAAAAAUGUACUGUAUGCGAACAAUGUAUUGAACAAAGUCUUGACAAUGAUGAUUGUGAUGAUGAAAUUUUUAUUGUUUAG